UCCUCCAGGCCCAUGGCCCCUGCAUGGCCCCAGCGUGAGGGAGGGCUCUGAGGCACAGCGGCUGCUGGCACGAGGGGCUGCUCCGGCCACCUGGGGGCCUCUGAGAAAUGCCCAAAGCCUUGUGCUCUCUGCAGCUGGCCAAGGACAGCAGCAGGGCUGAACGGUUCGUGUGGCACAGCCAGCCCGAGCUCUGCAGCCUUCAGGGCCCCAUGGGAGAGGCGGCCCUCGGGAAUGGGACCGAGAGUACGGGACUGGGAUCAAUACUGGGAUCGGGCAUGGAUACAGGGACAGGAAAUACGGGACUGGGGACAAGGACAUGAAUGGGGACAGGGACCAGGACUAGGACCAGGAAUAUGGGAGAGGGACCUGGAAUGGGACCAGGAAUGGGAAUAUGGGAACGGGACAGGGAAUACAGGAAUGGAAAUCUCAGAGCAGCAUUGGGACCAGGAGUAGGAACAGGACAGGGAAUGUGGGACAGAAACAGAAAUUGAGACCGGGAGUGGGAUUCACGCUGGGAUGGGAGCGCAACGUGUCCCAGAGCAGGGUGACAUGGGAACGGGAGGGAGAGAGGGAUCCUGCACAGGGGACACCGGGAACUGAGACGGGGAGACAUGGGGACAGUCCUGGGCCAGGGGCUCCUUGAUCAGCUGCCCCAGAACUUCCACCGGGGUCUCCCAGUGCAGCUGGAGCUGCUUGGCCUGGGGUGCUCAAAGGCCUGAGCAACCCCCAAGUCCCUCCCUGGAACCCUCAGCUCCCUCAAACCCAGCAUCCCCCACAUCCCCUGCAAGAUUCCCCCAUGUCCCCAUCCUUGCCUUGGUUCAACAUCUUUAUUUUUACCCAGUUUUUGGGUUUUUUGAAAGGGCAAAGAGAAAUUAAAAGAAUAUCAAGGGUACAGGAGCCAGGAAGAAUUGGAGUCCCCCAGGCAGGUGUCUUCCCAAAAUGGAACACCAGUACCAAGGAUCACCGGGGCUCUGCCCACCUCGGGUCACUGGGGAUCAUCCAGCGUGGACUGUCCCAUGGGGGAUGGAGCUGGAGCAGUGCACGGAGCUCUUCCCGCACUCAGGGCACUCACAGGGCUGCCCUUAGUGGUGCCUCCACUGGUGUUGGGUCAAGGCUGAGCUCUGGCAGAAGCUCUUCCCACACUUGGGACACUCAUGGGCCUGUGACAUCACAAGGAGCGGAGAUGGAUGUCAGGCACCCACCAAAGCUGCUCUCAAUCCCUUCCAGAGAUGGAGAGGAGAGAGAAAAUAGAAUGAAGUCUCCAUGGGUUGAGUUAAGGACUGGGACAGAUCACUCAGCAAAUGCCAUCAUGGGCAAAACAGUUCAAAAUUAGAGACAUUAAUUGAAUUUAUUACUAUCAAUCAGAGCAGGAUAGUGAGAAGUAAAAUAAAGCUUUAAAAACACCUUCUGCCCAUCCCUCCCUCCCUCCCAGCUCUGCCUCCUCCCCCAGUGGGUGCAGGCAGACAGGUAUGGGGGUUCUGCUCAGUUCAUUCCUGUUGUUUCUCCUGCUGCUCAAGGAGAGGAGUCGUUCCCCUGCUGCACCAUGGGGUCCCUCCUGGAGACACUUCUCCAUGAACUUCUCCAAGAAAAGGAAUUUCAGUUCCCGAAGUUUGACCUGAUGGAGGAGGAGACCAUGAGGAAGAUGAAGAUGCCCUGGCAGCCCCAGGCAGGAGCCAGAGAGGACAAAUCCCCACUGCAGAACCUCGUGGAAGAGGCUGUUCUGAGAGGCUUGACAGUGCAGGAAUUCACUGGGGACAAAAAGCCCCAGAGAUCCCACAUGAAGAGGGGCUGCAAACCCAGCCCAGGAAGCCGUGAGGGGGAAAGACCCACCCUGUGCUGGGAAAGCAGCCGGAGAUCCAGAUGCAGCUUGGAGCCGGUGGUUCCUGAGCACCUUCAUGGCAGGGAGAAGCCCUACAAGUGCUUGGAAUGUGGGAAGAGCUUCAGGCAGUGCUCCAGCCUCCUCACCCACCUUUGCAUGCACCUGGCUGGGACCCCCUUUGAGCAGGGCCAGAUUUGAGCCAGAAUAUUGGGAGUCCCAGAGCCAGCCUGUCCCCUCUCCAACAUCUGUAGGCCUCUGGGAAGAGCCCAAAGGGAUGGAAGUGCCUAAAACACUGAUGAAGUGCCUGAGUUGCUCCCAGCUGUGGAUGUUGCUGUGCACAGACCUCCCCUGGAUUUCCCGUUGCCAAACCUUGGCCCGAUGCAGGAGGAGGAGGAGGCUGCGAGGAAGAGGAAGAUGGCCUGGGAGCCCCAGGCAGACCAGGAGCUGAGGAUGGGGACCAGGGAGGACAAAUCCCCACUGCAGAACCUCGUGGAAGAGGCUGUUCUGAGGAGCUCCACGGCACAGGAACCCAACGGGGAGGAAAAGCCCCGGACAUCGGGCACAUGGAGAGGUUGCAGACACAGAUCAUGGGGAUCUGAGGGGGAAAGACCCACCCGAGGCUUGGGAGGCGGCUGGAGCUCAGAGCUGGGAGCAACUUCAUGAUGAGGAAAAGCUCCAUGAGCGCUUGGAAUGUGGGAAGAGCUUCAGCCAGAGCUUCAAUCUCCUCACCCACCUUUGGGUGCACAUGGGGGAGCGGCACUGGGAGUGUAGGGAAUAUGGCAAGAGGUACAGGCACAGCUCCCACCUCUACCACCAGUGGGUGCACACCACAGAACGGCCCUACACGUGCUUGGAAUGUGGGGAGAGCUUCAGUGUUCGAUCCACUCUGACCUCCCACCAGAAGGUCCACACUGGGGAACAGCCCCACGAGUGUUCCGAGCGUGGGAAAAAGACUCGGAGCAGUUUGGAUCUCCUCAAGCACAGCACACCAGUGUCCCGAGUGUGGGAAUACCUUCAGGCACAGCUGUAGCUCGACCCAACACAAACAGAGCCACCACUAAGAGAAGCCCUGAGAGUGCCCUGAGUGCGGGAAGAGUUUCCUAUGCUGCUCCAGCUCCAAGCCCCAUGGGAGGAUCCACGCUGGAUGGUCCCCAGUGACCCCCGGUGGGCAGAGCCCAGUGAUCCAUGUUGGGAAGGCACCUGCCUGCGGGCUCCACGUCCUCCUGGGUCCCCAUGGCCUGGGUUUUCUUUUCAUUCCUCUUAGGACCUUCAAAACACCCAAAACUGGAGUAAAAAAAUAAAGACAUUGAACUAAGACAUUGAUUGGAACAUGGGGGGAUCUUCCAGGAGAUGUGGGGGAUGCUGGGUCCAAGGGAUUUGAGGGUUCCUGGGAGGGAUUUGGGGGUUGCUCAGGGCUUUGGGCACCCCAGGCUGAGUGGCUCCAGCUGUGCUGGGAGGCCCUGGUCGCGGUUCUGGGGCAGCUGAUCAAGGCCCCCCUGCCCUGGGACUGUUCCCAUCUCCCCCAUCCUGGUUCCCGGUGUUCCCUGUGCAGGAUCCCCCUCUCCCUGCUGUCACCCUCCUUUCCUCUGGCCCAUUUCCAUGUCACCCCACUCUUGGGCCCAUUCUGCUUCCAUCCCAGUCUGCAUCCCAUCCCCAGUCUCAUUCCCUGUCCUCUACUGUCUGUCUGGUUGUAUUGCACUAAGCUGUUUCUUUAGUUAUUGUUCUGCACUGGCUGGUCUUGUUAUUUUGCAGGGAAUAGUUGAUGUUGUAUCACAUGGUUUGUCCCGCACACAGCCCUCUCCCCCAAAGCCCCGGUGCUGCUCUUGCCCUGGGUUACUCCUCCCCUCGCGCCUCCCAUCAGUUGUAUCCCAUUGGCCGUGGCCUCUCUCCUCCGCCCCCUUUCCCUGGGGUUGAAAUCACCCGCGAUCAGACACUUGAUCUCUUUUCCCCUCCUGGACCUCCCUGGAGUGAUUCCACAAUUAAGGUGGGAUUUCUGGUCCCGAGGAGAAGAGCGCCUCCCGUCCUUUACUUUGGUCCUUUUGAGAUAGUGAGGCCUGGGGUCCAGAGCUGCCGAACCAGACCCCCACAAAGGUCCUGGGUCAACCUUACAUUGCCGUUCCCAUAUUCCAAAUCCCAUAAUCCCUGUCCUGUUCCCGUAUUCCCGAUCCUACUACUGGUCCUGCAUUUCCAUUUCUGUAUUCCCUGUCUCACUCCCAUAUUCCCAUUCCCACUCUCACUCCUCUAUUCCUGUUCCCAAUCCCAAUCCCAUCUUCCUAAUCCCUGUCCCAUAUUCUCUGUCUGGUUCUUGUUUCCAUAUUCCCUGUCCCAUUCCAAUAUUCUCGUCCCCAGUCCCAUUCCAGGUCCCUCUCCCAUUUUCUCAAUCCCAUUCCCAGUCCCUGUCCUCAUUCCUGUCCCUGUUCCCAUUUCUGGUUGCAGUUCCAAUAUCCUGGUCCUUGUUCUGGUCCCUGUCCUGUCUCCUAUUUCCAGUCUCAUUCCUGGUUCUAUUCCCAGUCCCUGUCCCCAUUCCUGGCCCUGUUCCCAAUCCCGGUCCUGUCCUGGUCCCAUUCCUGAGGGCUGCAGAGCUCGGGCUGGCUGUGCCACACGAACCGUUCAGCCCUGCUGCUGUCCUUGGCCAGCUGCAGAGAGCACAAGGCUUUGGGCAUUUCUCAGAGGCCCCCAGGUGGCCGGAGCAGCCCCUCGUGCCAGCAGCCGCUGUGCCUCAGAGCCCUCCCUCACGCUGGGGCCAUGCAGGGGCCAUGGGCCUGGAGGAGGCUCCUGUUCUUGA